AUGGCUUCUUUAAUUACACCUUUUAAAAGGUUAAAAUGGGGAUUUAUACCAGUAAGAAGAAUAGUCGAUGAAGAUGAACACGGCAAUUUCAUAGGUAGCUCAAAAGAAGAUGCAAUUAUAAUUGAAGAUGAUGACUCUGAAUCAAAUAGUCUAUCAAAAGAAUCAGAUAACAAAACUAAUGUUGUUGAAAUUCAAUCUACAAAUACUUUAGAAUAUAGAGAUGAAUCAAAUCGUCCAUGGUGGAAAUUUUUUGAUGAAUAUGAAUAUAGAAUAACUACAAAUACAAAAAAUAAAAGGAAAUGGUACAAAUGGUUUCAUGAUGAUGAUACACCUGAAGAAAGAAAGUUGAUUGUUAAAAUUGAUUUACUAUUAACUGUUUAUUCCUUAAUGGCUUAUUGGGUAAAGUAUCUUGAUCAAACAAAUAUUACUAAUGCAUAUAUUGGUGGUCUUAAAGAAGCUAUUGACAUGCAAGGAAAUGAUUUUGUUAAUACCCAAGUCAUGUUUUCCGUAGGGAAUAUAAUUUUUCAAAUUCCAUUUAUGUAUAUCCUUUAUGCUUUACCAUUAAAUUAUGUAUUACCAACCUUAGAUAUUUGUUGGUCAAUUAUAACUAUAUGUUUAUCACAAUCUAAAAAUGUUGCUGGUUUAAAAGCAAUGAGAUUUUUUGUUGGGGCAUUUGAAGCACCUUCUUAUAUUGCUUAUCAUGCAUUAUUUGCUUCUUGGUUUAGAGGUUCAACUGGUGAAAUUGCAAGAAGAGCUGGAUUUUAUUAUUUGGGUCAAUAUUUAGGUAUUUUAACUUCAGGUUUAUUAUCAGGUGCAAUUGAGAGAGGUAUGAGAGAUAUUGGUGGUUAUGAAGCAUGGCAAUGGAUUUUCAUAAUGGAUGGUAUUGUAUCUGUUAUUGUUGGAAUUAUAGGAUUUUACAUGAUUCCAGGUACACCUGAAGAUUGUUAUAGUAUAUUCUUAAGUGAUGAUGAUAUUAGACUUGCAAGAAAACGUAUACGAAAAGAUCAAAAAGAUGUUAAACCGAGAGAAAAUGCUGCUAAACAUUUCUUUGAUUUAAAUAAUUGGAAGAAAAUUUUUACUACUUGGCAUUUUUACAUUUUAUCAUUAUGGAAUAUCUUUUUAUGGAAUAAUUCAAAUGGAAGUUCUGGUGCUUAUGCUCUUUGGUUACAAUCCCUUACAAAAUCAGAUGGUGUUACUCCUCGUUAUGAUGCUGGUAAAUUACAAGAUAUGACUGCUUUAACUCCUGGUUUAGGUUUAAUUUGGUUGAUUUUGACUUCUGGUUUUGCUGAUUUAUUUAGUUGUAGAUGGGGUGCUAUAAUAUUUUCACAAGUAUUUAAUGUAUUGGGUAAUUUAUUAUUGGCAAUUUGGAAUAUACCCGAAGGAGCAAAAUGGUUUGCUUGGUGUUUACAAUAUAUGGGUUGGGCUGCAGCUCCAACAGUUUAUAGUUGGCAAGGUGAUAUAUGUAGAAAAGAUUUAAGAUUGAGACAAAUUGUUUUAGUAUCGAUGAAUAUUUUAGCUCAACAAUCAACUGCAUGGAUAGCUGUAUUGGUUUGGAAAACUGUAGAAGCACCAAGAUUUUUAAAAGGUUACAGUUUUACAGCUGCCAGUGGAUUUGCAUUAUGUAUUUGGACAUUUGUUGUUUUAUGGUUUUAUAAAAGAGAUGAAAGAUCAAGUGCAAAAGAAAAUGGAAUUGUAUUAUACAAUUCAAAAAAUGGUCAGGAUUUGGAAAAACCGACUAGUAUUGAAAUUGAAAAGUAG